AUGGCCAGAAGGGCUCUAAAGCUUGCUUCAUGGACCAGUGUGGCUCUUGCCGCCUCUGGCUUCUACCUCUACAGUAACAAAUAUCUGGACCCUAAUGACUUUGGCGCUGUCAGGGUUGGCAGAGCAGUUGCUACGACAGCCGUCAUCAGUUAUGACUACCUCACCUCCCUGAGGAGUGUCCCCUAUGGCUCAGAGGAGUACCUGCAGCUUCGAUCCAAGGUACACCUUCGCUCUGCCAGGCGACUCUGUGAGCUCUGCUGUGCCAACCGGGGCACUUUCAUCAAGGUGGGCCAGCACCUGGGGGCUCUGGACUACCUGCUGCCGGAGGAGUAUACUAGCACUCUGAAGGUGCUUCACAGCCAGGCCCCGCAGAGCAGCAUGCAAGAGGUCCGCCAGGUCAUCCGUGAGGACCUGGGCAAGGAGAUCCACGAUUUGUUUCUGAGCUUUGAUGACACCCCUCUGGGGGCUGCCUCUCUGGCUCAGGUCCACAAGGCGGUGCUGCAUGAUGGGCGGACAGUGGCUGUGAAAGUCCAGCACCCAAAGGUGCAGGCUCAGAGCUCAAAGGACAUUCUCCUGAUGGAGGUCCCACGAAUCUAUUGGGAGCUCUCCACCAAGCGGGUCCUUCUGAUGGAGUUUGUGGAUGGCGGACAGGUCAAUGACAGGAGCUACAUGGAGAGGAACAAGAUCGACGUCAAUGAGGUCUCGCGCCACCUGGGCAAGAUGUACAGUGAGAUGAUCUUUGUCAACGGCUUCGUGCACUGUGAUCCUCACCCUGGCAAUGUGCUGGUGCGGAAGCACCCGGGCACAGGCAAGGCAGAGAUUAUCCUGUUGGACCAUGGACUGUACCAGGUACUCACGGAAAACUUCCGCCUGGAUUACUGCCACCUCUGGCAGUCUCUGAUCUGGACAGACAUGAGGAGGGUGAAGAAGUACAGCCAGCGCCUGGGAGCCGGUGAGCUCUACCCCUUGUUUGCCUGCAUGCUGACGGCCCGGUCAUGGAAUUCAGUCAACAGGGGCAUUGGCCAAGCUCCGGUCACUGCCGCUGAGGAAUUGGAAAUCCGGGACAAUGCGGCCAACUACCUUCCCCAGAUCAGCCAGCUCCUCAACCGUGUGCCGCGCCAGAUGCUGCUGAUCUUCAAGACCAACGACCUACUGCGUGGCAUCGAGGCUGCCCUGGGCACCCGCGCCAGUGCCAGCUCCUUCCUCAACAUGUCACGCUGUUGCAUCAGGGCUCUGGCCCUGCACAAGAAGAAGAGUACCUGCUCGUUUUUCAGAAGGACCCAGAUCUCUUUGAGUGAAGCCUUCAGCCUAUGGAAGAUUGACCUUCAUGAAUUCAUUCUGAGUGUGAAAGGGUUGAAGCUGGCCAGCUGGGUCUUGGCCCUGCUUUGCUGGCUCAUUCCUGCUUCACACUGA